CCCCCAAAAUCCCCUCAGGACCCCCCAAAAUCCCCUCAGGACCCCCCCGGGCCCCCCCCAAGCCCCGGGAUUUUUGGGGGGUCCCCCCCCGACCCUGAGGAGCCGCCCCCCAAAACCAGCCUGGAGCCCCCCAGGGAGGACCCCCAGGCCCUGGCCCGGCGCCUUUUCCGCCUGGACGGGGUCAGGAAGUCCCAGGUGGCCUCGUACCUGCGCAAGGACACGGAGUUCAGCGCUCGGGUGGCGCGGGAGUACCUGGAGCUCUUCCAGUUCCAGGGGCUGAGCCUGGAGCAGGCCCUGAGGCAGUUCCUGCGGGCCCUGGUGCUCUCGGGGGAGACUCAGGAGCGCGAGCGAGUCCUGGGGCACUUCUCGAGCCGCUUCCACCGCUGCAACCCCGGGCUGUUCCCUUCGGCUGACUCCGUUCACACCCUCACCUGCGCCCUGAUGCUGCUCAACACCGACCUGCACGGCCAGCGUCUGGGCCGGGCCAUGAGCAGCUCCGAGUUCGUGACCAACCUGAGCGGGAUGAUGGACGGGCAGGACUUCCCCCGGGAGCAGCUCAAGGCUCUGUACGGUUCCAUCCGCAGCCGGAAACUGGAAUGGGCAACGGACGACGAGGACGAGCCCGAGUCCCAAAAGGCCAAAAAAGCCCCAAAAUUCCCAAAUCCCGAAAUUCCCCCGGAACUCCUGGGGGGCCCCGGCCCCGCCCGCAGGGGGGUCCUGGCCAGGAAGGUCCUGGCAGAGAGCGAUGGCAAAAAGGCCCCGUGGGGCCGGCGGGGCUGGAAGCGUUUCAGGGCUGAGCUCCGGGGGCCCCUCCUGGCGCUGCAGAGGGACCCCCCCGAGGGCCCCGAGGAGGUUUUGGGGCUGCCCCACGCCCUGGCCCAGCCGCACCCCAAAUACACCAAGCGCCCCAACGUGUUCCUGCUGCGCACCGGGGACCGGCGCGAGUUCCUCUGCCAGGCACAGAGCCCCCGUGAGCUGUCCCAGUGGGUGUUUGGCAUCAACGUGGCCGCCGCCCUCUGCUCGUCGCCGCCGUUCCCCGCGGCUGUGGGGUCCCGGCGCCGCUUCGUGAGACCCAUCCUGCCCUCGGCGCCCAGCCGCUGCCCCCCGGAGCAGCAGCAGUGCCAGCUGCGCCGCUGGUUGGGGGGACAGUGA